UCACCGCGGAGCCGGCAGAGAGGCGGUGCUGGGCUCCGGUCCUCGACUUCAGUUCUCUGCGCCCGGCGAGCGGAGCCGGUGGUGCAGCCACCCGUGCGCGCUAUCUGCGACCCUCCCCCGUAUCGCCUUUGUCUCGGAGCCGCAGCGUCUGGCCACGCCGCUUUCUGGGAGAUCCCAUGGCCACAGGCCACGGCCCAUGACAGAUACCGGCCUCCUUGAGCCUGGGUCUUCCUGCGCGCGUACCUUCGGGCGGAGGGGAGAGUGGCCGCGGGUACUUCCCGGGUCCCCGGCGGAUGCCCUCCGCUCGCCAGCACCCCUGUUCGGGAGGAAGGAGGACACGGGGCCGUUGGCCAGACCGUCCCGGCUCACCUUUCUUGCCGGGGUCCGCGGCGUGGACACGAGCCGGCUCCCAGGACGCCCCGGGCGCUCGGCGGCCACUGCGGUGAAGGGACGGAGCUGUUGGCACUCGGAGACCCUGGGCUCCUCCCGUUUCCCCACCCCCAGCCUCUGCUUCCCCCCGACCCUUUCGCCUCCACGUUCGAGAGCAAGCGACCGAUGCCGCCGCAGCAAGGGGACCCGGAGUACAUCAGCAAGCCGGUGGCGGGCUGCUGCGGCUGCGAGGUGCCGCCCGUGCCCCCGCGCCGGGUGCGCAGCGGCCGGACCGCACCGCUAGCCACCCGCUGUCGGGCAGGCGGCGCGGAGAGGCGCAGCGUCAAGUGCGUGCUGGUCGGCGACGGCGCGGUGGGGAAAACAAGCCUGGUGGUGAGCUACACCACCAACGGCUACCCCACCGAGUACAUCCCCACCGCCUUCGACAACUUCUCAGCCGUGGUGUCUGUGGAUGGGCGGCCUGUGCAACUCCAGCUCUGUGACACAGCUGGCCAGGAUGAGUUUGACAAGCUCAGGCCUCUCUGCUACACGAACACAGACAUCUUUUUGCUGUGCUUCAGUGUCAUGAGCCCUUCGUCUUUCCAGAAUGUGACUGAGAAGUGGGUACCAGAGAUCCGGUGCCAUUGCCCCAAAGCCCCCAUCAUCCUAGUAGGGACUCAGUCAGAUCUCAGAGAAGAUGUCAAAGUCCUCAUUGAGUUGGACAAAUGCAAAGAGAAGCCAGUGCCUGAAGAGGCGGCAAAGUUGUGUGCCGAAGAAAUCAAAGCCUCCUCUUACAUAGAAUGUUCUGCCUUGACUCAGAAAAACCUCAAAGAAGUCUUUGACGCAGCCAUCGUUGCCGGCAUUCAAUACUCAGACACUCAGCAACAGCCAAAGAAGUCCAAGAGCAGGACUCCAGAUAAGAUGAAAAACCUCUCCAAGUCCUGGUGGAAGAAAUACUGCUGUUUCGUAUAAUGCUGGCAAGAAACUCGGAAAAGCAAUUUUCAGAUGAAAUCGAUAUUCGAAGCUAUAUUAGCUGAAAUCAUUCCUUUUACUGUGUAGAACCUGUGUGGAAAACGUGGGUGUAUUAGACGGGGUGUUCACAAUUUCCGGGUUCUGUCUUGCCUUUCAUUUUCUUCUUGUUUGUUUGAGCUAGGGAUGAGAUACUUAUGCAAAAUAUUUUUGAACUAAAUUAAGAAAGAAAUUUUCACAACUCUGGAAAUUUAGAAUUCCACACCUCUGAAUUAAUUUACAUCUCACAUGGAAAAGACACCUCAGAGCUGGACGUCAAGAAUGGAAUUUUGCCACAUUCUGAUGUACAGAAGAACGAAAGGGCGAAUGUUGGAAUUAACCCUCCCUUGAUUAAAGGCUACUUUUAAUGCAUAGCGAAGGAGCCCUGGUGGCGCGGUGUUAAGUGCUCGGCUCCUAAGGUCAGUGGUUUGAACCCACCAGCUGCUUUGCGGUAGAAAGAUGUGGCAGUCUGCUCCAGUAAAGAUUACAGCCUUGGGAACCCUAUGAGGCAGUUCUACUCUGUCCUAUAGGGUUGCUGUGGGUCAAAAUU